AUGGAAUAAUUAUAAAGAUAACCAGCUAAAUAACUUUAUUUUACAACUGAAUUGUUUAAGAACAAAUUCAUAACAGAAAAAGAAAAAAUUCAAUUAAAAGAAUUUAUUAUUGCAUAAGAUGAUUUCUUGACCUCUUAUUUUGAUUAAUAUGAAAGAAAUGAUAUUACAGAAUAAGAAUUAAGAGAAAAAUUAAUCAAAUUAGUUAGAGCAGACUUCUUUAAAGACACCAAGUAUAAGCAAAAUUGA